AUGGUGACACUGCACACAGACACGACCGUCAACGCGCUGGUGGAGACCAAGCCGCUCAAGAAAGGUAUUUACGUACCUGUUCUCACCUUCUUCAAGGGCCAGCAUGGUGCUGAACUCGACGUGGAAACUUUCGAAAAGCACGUAGCGUACGUCGCAUCUAGCGGUGUUGCAGGCAUCGUUGUGCUCGGCUCUACUGGCGAAGCUGUGUCUCUCACGGAUGAAGAAAGAGCGACACUUGUUGCCUCCGCGCGCAAAGCAAUGGACGCCAGCGGACACGGCGACAUGCCGCUCAUCGCCGGUGCUGGUGGCCAUUCGAUCGUCACAGCUAGCGCCAGUCUCGCUGCUAUGGCUCAAGCAGGCGCAUCUCACGCUUUGGUCUUGCCCUCGUCGUACUACCCCAACCAACUCGGCGUCACGGCAGCACUUGAAUUCUACAACGCCAUCGCAGAUUCGACGCCACUACCCAUCCUCAUCUACUCCUACCCCGGCGUCUGCUCCGGUAUCAACCUCAGUUCCGACAUCACUCGCAGCUUGUCCGCACACCCUCGCAUUCGCGGUGUCAAGCAUACGGACCACGAUAUCGGAAAGAUGGCGCGCAACUGCGCGCUUCCAGCUGCGGCUGGCGACGGCCAAGGCUUCUUUGUGCUUGGAGGUGCAAGUGACUAUCUGAUCGGAGCUUUGGCGGUGGGAGCUCACGGCACCAUUACGGGCAUGGGAAACAUUGCACCUCGUGCUGUCGUCGAGGCCCAAAAGCUUUUCGAUCAGGGUCACCACAAGGAAGCGGUUGCACUUCAGCACAUCAUCUCUGUGGCAGAAUGGGAGCUCGGAAAAGGUGGAGUACCUGUGCACAAAGCCUUGGUACAGGCUUUCCACGGGUACGGUGGUUUGCCUCGUGCGCCUUUGCAGCCCACAGCCAAAGCAACGAUAGUGGAAGCCACGCAGGGCUUUGAGCAGCUUAUGGAUGUCGAAAGGCAGCUCCUAGCACGUUCGUCGUAG